AAGUUUGAGAAAGGGAUCUCUCUAAGAACAGAUUUGCUGAAAUUCCUCCUGAUGUGUGGCAGUUUGCACCACUUGAGACAUUGAAUUUGUAUCACAACUGCAUCAAGUCAAUCCCUGAAGCAAUUAGAAAUCUGCAGAUGUUAACAUAUCUCAAUAUCAGUCGAAAUCUUUUAUCAACCUUGCCAAAAUACCUUUUUGAUCUGCCUCUUAAAGUUCUGGUUGUCAGCAAUAAUAAACUUGUGUCCAUUCCUGAAGAAAUUGGAAAGCUGAGAGACUUAAUGGAGUUGGAUGUGAGCUGCAAUGAGAUCCAGGUCCUUCCCCAGCAAAUAGGAAAGCUACAGUCCCUAAAAGAAUUAAAUUUAAGAAGGAAUAAUCUCCAUAUGCUUCCUGAUGAACUGGGUGAUCUUCCAUUGGUCAAGCUGGACUUCUCUUGUAAUAAAGUCACAGAGAUACCCAUCUGUUAUCGGAAACUGCGUCAGUUGCAAGUAAUAAUUUUGGACAACAAUCCAAUGCAGAUGCCGCCAGCACAGAUAUGUCUAAAAGGCAAAGUGCACAUAUUUAAAUUCCUCAGCAUCCAAGCAUGCCUCAGAAUGGAUAAAAAGCCAGAUUCCUUGGAUCUGCCAUCGCUGGGCAAAAGAAUCCCUUCCCAGCCACUCACCGACAGUAUGGAAGAUUUUUAUCCCAAUAAAAACCACGGCCCAGACUCUGGCAUUGGCAGUGAUAAUGGGGAUAAAAGAUUAUCCACAACUGAACCUUCCGAUGAUGACACAAUCAGCCUUCACUCUCAGGUAUCUGAAUCAACAAGGGAGCAGACACUCAGAAACGACAAUCAGUUGCUCACGAACAAGCAUGAGUUGCAUAAAGACCCAGAGGUGUGUGAUUACCUUGAUCCCUGCUCAGAGGAUGUGGCUUCAUGUGACCAAGGAGAUGUACAAACUGGGCCAUCAGUUUCGUACCGGAAGGAACGAGGGAAGCAGACUGAGAAGUCUCAGAAAAGAGAGCGACGUGAAGACUGGGCGGAGGAGGAGAGGGCCCAGAAAGAUCAGGUAUUGGCAGAAGAGGAUGAUGAACUGAAGGAAGUCACUGACCUAAGAAAAAUCGCUGCUCAGCUGCUGCAGCAAGAACAGAAGAGCAGACGGAGGCCAUUAAGCUAUAGAACUUCAUUCAGUGAAAAGCUUUUCCAGAGGACAAAGGUCGCAGGACGUGCAUCCAGACUUCUUAAUCACUCCGCCUCGACGAGCACAAGAAACAGACCGAAACAGACCACUGAUUCGGAAAAAAGCCUUUCAGCUGAUGAAGCCGGCUCCCCGUCGUCCCUCUACACCUGGCAGUCCAUGGACAACCCGAAGGACCAUCAAGACGACCCACCCUGGCCAGACCUGCAGCCGGUUAUUUGGCAGAGCGAGGAUAGGAGGCGGAGCAGUAAGCAGAUGAAAAGAGAGUAUUUCAAGUACAAGUCUUCUCGGAAGAGCUCGAGUGGAAAUGAAAAUGAUGAGCGAGACAGUGAUAAUACUAAUCUGUCACCACAGUCUCCUGUGUCGUCUGAGGAUUAUGACAGGGCGGAUGGCAGCUCUCACGGCCCCUUCGGGCUGAAGCCCAGAUCAGCUUUUGGUCGUUCUCGCCAGGACUACAGUACCAUGGACCCUGGAUUCACAAUGAGGAGGAAGAUGGAGCACUUGAGGGAAGAGAGAGAGCAGAUAAAGCAACUGCGCUGUAAUCUUGAAUCACGUUUGAAGGUCAGUUUGCCAGAUGACAUUGGUGCAGCGUUGAUGGACGGGGUGGUUCUGUGCCAUCUGGCCAACCACAUAAGACCUCGGUCUGUCGCCAGCAUCCACGUCCCAUCACCAGCUGUGCCUAAGCUCAGUAUGGCAAAGUGCCGAAGAAAUGUUGAAAACUUCCUCGAUGCUUGUAAAAAACUGGGUGUCCCACAGGAGAGACUGUGCCUGCCCCAUCACAUUUUGGAAGAAAGGGGUCUUGUGAAAGUUGGACUCACAGUUCAGGCUCUUCUGGAAAUACCUUCCUCAAAAGUGUCUCAGCUUUCCUGCCUGUGACCAGUUUCUCAGAGGACAGACUUGAGGCCUGACGUGUGUUGAUGUGAUUUGACCCCAACCCGUUCAGCCGCCUCCAGAGGAACAGCCACAGCCAUCGGGAGCCUGUUCAGGCCGGAUGCUUUAGGCAGAGCCUCACUUCGGACAACUGCUUAGAACCCUGGUGUCAAACUACAGUUAUCCAGCAUAAUAAGGAAUAGUAUUGCUUGCUUGUUUAACUUGGAGCCAUAACAGGUUUUGCGAUCAUCAGAUUCUCUUUGCAGGAAGUACACAGUCUCCCAUGAAUACAUCAUGAUGUCUUUUUAAAAAGCAAAAGCAACUUUUAAAAAAUUAAUUCUGCACUGUGUUAGGUUUUCUCCUAGGUUUGCAGCACACGUUUUAUAAUGAGAGACAAAUAUCGUGAGAGAUGUUUACAUGGCAAAGUCAUGGAAAGCAUUUCUCUGUUGUGCACUGCAUCGUUUUAGGGUGUGCUUACAAGGGCCACACUAAAAUGUCAUGUGUGAAGCAGCUCUUAGAAAUCACACGUCCAUUGAUAAGUUUAAAUUUAUGCCAUUUUUAUGUACAUCUGAAAAAACCCCACGUAGCAUAGUGGCAGAAACCUGGACAAUUAAUCAUGUAAUCCAGUUACCUGUUUCCAAAAUCCAUUUCACCAGUUUCAUUUCUUGCACUUCUUACUGUUGUACCAUUUCCAAUAUUUUAGUUGGGUGGGUGAUGAUGAUGAUGACGAAGACGAAGACGAUGAUGACAGAAUAGUAUACAAACUAAAGGACAAGUUUUGUGGGUUUUUUCAGUAUUCUAGGUUGGUGCCAAAAUAUUUUUUCAGUUGUACUGUAGAUUGUUUACAUGUGAAGUGCCUGUGUAAUUGAUAACUUUUACUAGUCUUAAACAUUUUUGCAAUUCCUUUAUGUCUCAAUAGAUGCAAUGUGUAUUUUUAAAUAUUAGGUUUUUUGUAAGACUGGUAAUAUGUGAAGUUUAAAGGACUAACAUCUGAGUGUUGGAUGUUCUUCAGUUUGCACAGUUUGAAUUUAUUAGAUUUGGUUUUUAGAAAAAAAAUGUAAAUAUGCUUUUAUUUAUCAUAUUUAAUUUGAUACCUAAUCACUUUUUAAUGUAUUGUUGGACAAUGAACGUCACUUUUUUAAAUUAUUUUCCUUGUUUGGGAUGAACAAUAACACAGAGUUUGAUUUUAAAGGAGUCCUACAGAAGCAUAUGAGUUAAGGAUGUUGGGUUGAAAACUGCCAAAAAGAAGUAAAUCUCAGGUUUAUAUUGUGACUGCCCAGAUCUGACAUCUUGCACCUGGCUUCACAUUAAUUUUUUAAUCUAAGGAAAUGCCAUAGAGUAGUGAAAGUGAGGCUGUUUUGCAAUAUUCGUGGUAUCAUGGGGCAAAUGGCUGGUUUGGGACCGUGUGCCAUUUUCUUGGCCCUGUGCAGGCACCAAUGCUCCGCUGCAAAUCAGUGUGGGAGUGCAUCUGCCCUUCCUGGCUUGCCACACCCCCUUCCCCCCCGCUCGGCUCUUCCCGCCUGGGAGGUACCAUGGCUGCUCACCGCCAGGUGAACCUGGGCAAGCCGAGUGAAGUUGACGCUUCAUUCUGGCCACAAAAACACAUGGCGACUGGAUCAUGGGGCAGGAGCCCUCCGUUCUGCAUUACGCAUCACUUUUCAGAAGCUGAGUUGUGUGGUGACGCUCGGGGCCCCGGGAGUGGGCGCAGGCUCACCUGUCUCCACCGAGGGUCUUUCCUGAAGCACAAAAGCUGCUCCCACCUCACGGAACACCCUGGUGAGAGUGAAAGGCAGCAUACACAUUGCUCUGUCUCUCAGUUCACCUUUCAGGUGCUCCAUGUGUGUGGUUGGUUUGUCUCGUUAAUGCUGUUUGCCUCUGUCGUAUUUAGCUAGCCUGAAUUUUCCUUCCCUUGUCCAAACAAUUAAGAAAAUCUGUCCGCUACCCAAAGAUUUUUGUUUUGUUGUCGUUUUGCGUUCUCAGCUGCCAUAGUACAUAUUCGUAACGGGGCCGAGAACACCAGAGGAGCUGGCAGGGUGACGGUGGUGAUCAGAACUCAUUUUUCCCUAGACACAUGCAAAGUGAUGCUUUAAUGCUGACUCCCCGCUCCUGCCCCGGGGUUUUGUGAACAGCAUCCCUUGGCUGGAUGAAAAGUGCCCAGAGCUGGGUCAAAUUUUUAAACACAGCAGGAACACUUUAGAUUCAGUCCGCACUUUGUGAUGCGUAUUUUAGUUGCUACAACAGAGAAGGAUAAAUACUUCACUUGGGGCUGAUUUUAGGUUUGUCAUGGGGCUUCCUGGCUUUGACCCACCCACCCACCCCUAGCACAGCCCAGCCCAGCCCAGCAUAGCGAAGCCCACCUUUCAAACGCAACCUGCAUUUUGGCUAGCACUGGAAAACAGAAAAGCUGGCCUGGGGCACACAAGGAGACUGCCAGGAGCCCAGGUUGUGUGGGCGUUGUGUCCUCCCAGCGUGCAGAGCGCUGACCCGGAUUUCAAAGGGCUUGAGGAGGCUUCCCUCUUAGAAGGAGUUGGAAGACGGCCCCCUGCCCUGUCCUGCCCCGCAACAUCCCAGGGAAGGGCCGGGAUGCAAAAGCGCGCUCUUGUUCAGGGAAGCUUUGGCCUCGUGCUGCUCCAAAGAGCAGCCGCCAGCCAGGUGGAGAACCAGGCCUCCGAGCCUUCCAGGCGGUUUUCCAUGUGGAGGAGGGCUGGGGCAGGGAAGAAAGGCCGGUGCUUCAGGCGAAGUGUCCCAGUGGCUGCAUGGUCCUUCAGGCCCUGCUUAGAAUCCCUGUGCCCCUCUUCUCUGCGAGAGAACCAGGCAGCACAGCAUAGCCAGCCUUCUGAUGUGUGUGGAACAAAACUUCCCAGCUUCACGCAGUCGGUGGGUAACUUUAGUCAGGAAGCGGCACACUGCUGCCUUUCCCACUCGGAGUGCAGCGUGCUGCGGAUCAGCAGAUGAUGCGUGGGUGGCGAUUUUUCUAAUUAAGGCAGCCUUCCACUUCUUCCAGCCAGAUCGCAUGUUCUUGCUUUCAGUACUCAACAACUGUGAACAUCUGAGCGCGUGCACUUCCACAGGCAGAAGCCUUGAAUAAGUGCAUUUAAAUCUGCCUUUCCUGUGACCCAGUAAAACUCAAAGCCUGGUUCUGAGUUAGGUCUCCUUUUCAUAGAACAGCAUUGACUUCCAGCCCUGAAAGCCCUUUGCAAGUCAGAAACCAAAGUUCCUCUUUUUUUGUACAGCUGAUCUGUAUGAUUUGAUCAAAACAACCCUGGAACCUAAACUUAAGCCAGCCUGCAACUGUUUUUCUUGCCAAAUGUCUGAGAACCAGUAUUGGAAGGGUACCAGGAUCCAUUGAAAGACCUCCCAGUACCACUGCAGCUUAGGAUUGUGACAAGACAUCCGUGCAGGGGCUCUGGCGUGGCACCAAAGCUGUUUCUGCCCACCUUUGGAAUAAGCAGCAUGAGCACUUAACACAAACCAUUGGGAUGUGAUGGUUACUUUCUGCAAAAUGGGCUUGGUGACUGUACGUGAACGCAAAAGCCUCACCUGCUGUGGGAACCUUCACCUCACUCCCAGCCUGUUCUGCAUGAGGAGGCAAUCGUUAGAUUUUGUUAAAUUCUAGGUUGUGGAAAUACCUCUGUAUUAAGUUUAGGCCUGUUCGUUGUACCUUAAUUUGGAGUGUUCUAGUUGUAGGUAUUAAGAUCUUUUAUUCUUCUUACAUGAGGAGCAGAACAAGAAGUAGUACGUACAAAAGUGCAGUGAUGUAAAACUUAGAACUUCUUACCAUAGCCCAGAAAACAUGGUUAAAUCAUGCAGUUGAAAAUCAUAAUUAUGGUUGCUGUUAAAAAUAAUGCAGAAAGGGAAUUUAUAAUUGAGCAAGCACUAAAUGAAUCUGAUCUUUUCUAUCAAUGGGACCUAGAUUUGAAUAUUUUCCUAGUGCUGGGUGGAGAGCUUAUCUGCAGAGAAUCUCUUCCUCAUACGUCCAGAGCUCCAAAGAGUUCAGGCACUGAGGAGUGAAAGCGUCAGCACCAGCCAGGGAAAACGGUGAGAAAUGGCCACCGCCUUCACGAGCAAAUCCGCACAAGACGACAUUCUCCACGCGAAUGCUUUCCCGUGGGAUCCAAGCUCCAGGUUUUGAGAUGUUUAAGCGAUGGUGCAUUGUUUUCUUUUUUCCCGAAACCCUUGCAAUAUUGUAAGAGUAUUGAUUGGUGGGACCAUAUGAACGUGCGAGCUGCGCACCCUCCGCGGAGGGAUUUUGCUGCUGGAUUGCAAAGGAAUUCAGGAGGCAGAAGUGCAAACUUGUGCAGUCUGUAGAAGGAAGAGAACCAGUAUCACAAGGCCUUUGCCUUUCCCCCCAUUUUUAAAGUAAAACUUAUUUUCUUGGUCAGUAUGGACUUAUUUUGUAUCUUCCCUUCCUUAAUUCAAUAACAAUAGCUGAAUUGACCAGCUGCUUCUAUGUAAAUGUGUGCAAAACUGAAUACAAUUCCAGCAGUUAGAAAAGUGACCCAGACCAGCUGGGCACUUGAUGGUGUGUAUAUAUUGUCAUAUCGCUUUGACACUGCAUUUUUUUACCCCGCAUUCAUGUCCUGUAAAAUGCUUUUCCUGCCCCCACCCUUUCCCCCCUUUUCAUGGUUUAUGUACUUGUAUAUGAUUCUUAACACUCUUUUUUCAGGACUGCUUUUAUUGCUGGAGUUUCCAACAAGUGUACGUUGAUUGGAAACAGUCCUGUUGUUUAGUUUUCUUUUGUAAAUAGUUUUCUAUCAAAAUCUGCAUGUAUAAGACCCACAUGUCCAAAACCAAAUGUACAUAUUCUAUGUAUAAAAUGCAAACUCUUUGAUAA